AUGAUGCGAAUUCUCCUUUUUUUUUUUUUUUUCAAUAAGUGCCUAUGUAAAACCCCUCUCCCCCUCCGCCUUCAAAAAUCUAAACCCAACCAAGCAAUGUCCACCACCGCCGAAUCGCCGCCGCCGCCGCCGCUACUAACCCACACAGAAUUAAUCUCCACCAUCAUCACCUUCCUGAAGAAUUCCAACCCCGCCACAGCCACCCUCAACGCCGCCCUAUCUCCCUACCUCCCCCAACUAACUCCCGACGUCUUGCACUCCAUCCUCUCCUCCUCCGCCCUCCACCGCCACCCUUCCGCCCUCCUCUCCUUCUUCAAUUGGGCCCAAUCCGCCGCCCCUCUCACCCCACUCCCCCUCCCCCCUCUCCUCUCUCUCCUCUCCUCCCUCAUUUCCCACAACAAAUUCGACGACGCCAAAGCCCUACUCCAAUCCCAAAUCGUCUCCGAGCACCCACACCACCACCUCCACCGCCACCUCCUCCACCCCGCCCGCCCCCUUCCUCCGCCGUCCGCAACCCUCCUCAACACCUGCAUCUUCGCCUACUGCCGCUCCGGCUGGCCCCACCUCGCCGCGCAGCUCUUCAAAAAGAUGAAGCGCCUCAAAAUCCGCCCUAAUUUGCUCACUCUCAACACCUUGCUGAAUUCACUGGUAAAGAAAGAUCUUUCCUCUCGCUCUACGCAUUUUUGUAAAGAGUUGUUUGAUGAUGCUGUGAAAUUGGGGGUUUCCCCCAGUGUGGUUACUUUCAACAUCUUGAUUAAUGGCUACUGUUUAGAAUAUAAGUUUAACGAUGCAAUUCAUUUGUUGAGGAAAAUGGAGCAUGAUUUUAAGGUAAUGCCAGAUAAUGCUAGCUAUAACACUGUUUUAGAUGCGUUGUCUAAGAAGGGGAAAUUACACGAUAUGCGCGAUUUGCUGUUGGAAAUGAAGAGCAAGGGGCUUUUCCCGAAUAAGAGAACGUAUAACAUCUUGGUGUAUGGAUACUGCAAGAUGGGGUGGUUGAAGGAUGCAACCGCAAUUCUUGAAUUGAUGUCUCGGGAUAAUCUUUUGCCCGAUGUUUGGACCUACAACACGCUGAUCAACGGGCUGUGCAGCUCUAAGAAGAUAGAUGACGCGUUUAGGCUCAGGGAUGAGAUGGAAGGGUUGAAGCUGCUGCCCGAUGUGAUCACUUACAACACGCUGAUUAAUGCGUGUUUUGAAGAGAAGAACAGCUCCAUGGCUCUGAAACUGGUGGAUGAGAUGAAGGGGAAGGGAGUGCAGCCGAAUGAGGUGACUCAUAAUAUCAUGAUCAAGUGGUAUGUUAAGGAAGGUCGGAUGAAGGAGGCUAGUGAGAUGGUUGCUAAGAUGGAAGAGGCUGGAUUUUCACCGGAUUGUGUCACCUACAAUACUUUGAUUAGCGGAUUUUGUAAGUCCGGUGAACUGGCAGAGGCUUUUAAGAUGAUGAAUCGGAUGAAUGGGAAAGGUUUGAAGAUGGACACAGUGACCCUUAAUACAGCUCUACACAAUCUAUGCCGGGAGAGGAAGCUUCAAGAUGCAUACGAGUUGCUGAGUUCUGCAAACAAGAGGGGCUAUAUCGUAGAUGAAGUGAGCUAUGGCACUCUUAUAGUCGGAUACUUUAAGGAAGAAAACGUAGAGAGAGCUAUUCAGGUUUGGGAUGAAAUGAAGGAAAAGGGUAUAAUUCCCAGCAUCAUCACUUACAAUUCGGUGAUUGGGGGGCUUUGCCAGGUGGGAAAAACGGAGCUUGGAAUAAGUAAACUCAACGAGCUAUUGGAGAACGGAUUUGUCCCUGAUGAGACGACCUACAAUACCAUCAUACACGGCUACUGUUGGGAGGGAAAUGUGUUGCAAGCGUUUCAAUUUCACAACAAGAUGGUUGAAGAGAAAGCAUUUAAACCCGAUAUCUAUACUUGCAACAUUCUUCUUCACGGGCUAUGCAAGGAAGGGAUGCUUGAGAAAGCUAUCAAGCUCUUUCAUACAUGGAUUGAGAAAGGGAAAAGCCUCGAUGCUGUUAGCUACAAUACAAUAAUCGCAGCCUUAUGCAAGGAAGGGAGACUUGGCGAUGCUUUGGAUCUUGUUCCUGAAAUGGAAGAGAAGAAACUGGGACCGGAUAGUUAUACUAUCAACGCCAUUGUUGGUGCUCUUCAUGAUGCUGGAAAAACCGAAGAAGCUCAAGAACUGUUGUUGAAAAUGUCAGAGAAGUAUAAACUAAUGCCUCGUUCGAAGCAGGGCGAUGAGGGACAAAAUGUGGUUCAUAGAGAAGCUUCGGGUGGAGCAGAUUCGAGUUCGAUAGUUUAUUCAGAACAGAUCGAUGAGCUAUGCGCUGAAGGGAGAUACAAAGAUGCAAUGAGUAUAUUUUUGGAACAGACUGAGAAGGGUGUCACUCUAAAUAAAUUCUCUUAUCUUUCUUUGAUGAAUGGACUCAUCAAGAGGAGAAAGGGGAUCAUGAAGUCAGAUUCGUAAUUUUCUUCCGCUUGAUCGUGGCGAUUUGCGAGCAAUGUAUAUGCUGCAUUAUCAGGAUGAGCUGAUUUUUCUGGCACUGACAAAUUCCAAUGGGCCAACUGAAGCUUGUGUGGAAUUUGUGCCUGAAUAAUAAUGACGUGGAAAAUUUGAGAAUUCCACGUCACAGGAGAACGGCGUUUGUCUCGAGUUUCCACUGAGAAAAAAGAAGUUGACGAGCCGGCCGAUGGGAUGGAAUCUACGGCACACACGAUGAAUAGAGCAGCAAAUGCUCGUCUGGAUCCAAUGCACCGAUAGCAGAUUUAGGGGGUUAGGGUUAGGGGAAGUUCCGGAGCUCUCUGACCGGGAAAUUACCACAAUUUUGUUGGGAGCAUGCCGGAUAUUUGUGCCUCGGCUGCCUUGCUGUCGCCGGAAAAAGGAUAUUUAGUGCCUCGGCCGCCAUGCCGCUGCCGGAAAAAGAAGAAGAAGAAGAGGGAUAUACCCAAUUAGUUGAGUUGAGUAGGCCACACAAUACAUUUUGUAAGAAGUAACAUGUAGAUUUUCUUUGUCCAAAAAUACUUGUUUGAUUAUCUAUUAGAAGUUGUGUAGAUUUUCUUUGUCCAAAAAUACUUGUUUGAUUAUCUAUUAUUUAUCGUUUCUUGUC